CAGGGCAUUCUGGGAUUACGGGGUCCCCCAAACUGUCAUGGCGUCCUAGGAAGAUGGCGACUGCCAUACAACAGGCUUUCCUGGAGUAUCUAAUAAUUUAAAUUCAAGGCAUUGGAGACAUAGCUAGUGACAGAGGGCCAAGAGAAGGGUGGACUGACUGCCAGGGGCCAGCGAUUUUUUUUUAGGCCAUCAAUCACCCCCACAGAGCUGAUAAAAUGGAGUGUGCAGUUGACACACAGCCAGGCGGGGACGAGGCUGCAGAGCAAGAACACACUCUGGAGGAAACAUCUGCAAAGGAAGGAAGUGAGACGCCGCAGAAGAAGAACAAGAAGCACAAAAAACACAAGAGCAAGAAGAAGAAGAAGAAACGUGGCAAGGGAGAGCGAGAGACGAGCUCAGAGUCGGCCCCAGAGUCCGACGUAGAAAAGCCGCCAAUCAGAACCAGAGCAGGCUUGAGGAGUGCUGGCCCAGUGGCCUCCGAUACAGGAGUAGACACGAAAGAGGAGGCAACAAAGGACUUGAUCACAGCUAUACCUGAGGUAGGUGACGCUAAAGCCAGAAAACACAAAAGACAUGCUGGGAAAAAGAAGAGAAAAAGGAGGAGAAAAGGGGAAGAAAAGCAGGAGAAGAACUCUUCUUCACACUCCCUAUCAGAGAGCGAAUCUAUGUCAGGAACAGAUUCUGAGUCUGAGGGGAAGCCAGCUGGCAUGGUAGUGUUGCCUGUUCCCAUGCAGUCUAAGGCCAGGCAAGAGGAGCGAGUUCCCUCCCUAUGCAUCACUUUGGCCCAAAAAGAGGAAUCUCUGAAAGUGAUGUGUCAACCCUCAGAUAAUGAGUCUGUGGAUGCAGGAGGAAAGACGGAAGAGGUUUCCCCCGCUAACAGGGAGAACCAAACCAUCUCUGUCACAAAGCCGGAAGAUCCACGGAGCGACGGGAGCUUCAGCCACACCCAGGAGCUUCCUGACAUCAUCCCCAAGCAGGAUGGCCAGAAGGAGGAAACAAACCCAGAGCAGAGGUCAAAGGUGAAGAACCAGGCUCCCUCCAGGUCAAGGUCAGGGUCGCUGACAGACACUAAGAUGGCUAGAUCGAGUCUUAGUCGUUCGCCAAGCCCUAAGCGGUCCAGAUCAAGUCGCAGUCGUUCACGAAGCCCCGCGGAAUUGUCUAAUCAGCCUGUGUCUGGCAGGGGCAGGUCUCGAUCUGGCUCAAAAAGCAUGACUCCCAAUAGGAAGCAGUCCAAGUCCCCCAAAAGGACAAGACGCAAGUCCCCAUCUCUGUCCCCCAGGACAAGACGCAAGUCCCCAUCUCUGUCCCCCAGGACAAGACGCAAGUCCCCAUCUCUGUCCCCCAGGACAAGAUGCAAGUCCCCAUCUCUGUCUCCCAGGACAAGACGCAAGUCCCCAUCUCUGUCUCCCAGGACAAGACGCAAGUCCCCAUCUCUGUCCCCCAGGAGAGGACGCAAGUCCCCAUCUCUGUCCCCCAGGAGAGGACGCAAGUCCCCAUCUCUGUCCCCCAGGAGAGGACGCAAGUCCCCAUCUCUGUCCCCCAGGAGAGGACGCAAGUCCCCAUCUCUGUCCCCCAGGAGAGGACGCAUGUCUCCCAAGAGGGGACGCAAGUCCUCUUCUCUGUCCCCUAAGAGACGACGUAUGUCUCCUCUGUCCCCCAGGAGAGGACGCAAGUCAUCUCCUCUGUCACCCUGGAGAGGACGCAAGUCUCCUUCUCUGUCUCCUAGACGUGGGCGCAAGUUGUCUCCUCUGUCCCCUAGACGAGGGCGCAAGUUGUCUCCUCUGUCCCCUAGACGAGGGCGCAAGUUGUCUCCUCUGUCCCCUAGACGAGGUCGCAAGAUGUCUCCUCUGUCCCCUAGACGAGGUCGCAAGUUGUCUCCUCUGUCCCCUAGACGAGGUCGCAAGAUGUCUCCUCUGUCCCCUAGACGAGGGCGCAAGAUGUCUCCUCUGUCCCCUAGACGAGGGCGCAAGAUGUCUCCUCUGUCCCCUAGACGAGGGCGCAAGAUGUCUCCUUUGUCCCCUAGACGAGGGCGCAAGUUGUCCCCUUCUUUGUCCCCUAGACGAGGGCGCAAGUUGUCCCCUUCUCUGUCCCCUAGGAGAGGGCGCAAGUUGUCCCCUUCUCUGUCCCCUAGGAGAGGGCGCAAGUCCUCUCCUUUGUCCCCUAGAAGAGGACGCAAGUCUCUGUCUAAAUCCCCUAGGAGAGGACGCAAACUGUCUCCAUCUCCCAGACGAGGGCGGCGGUCUGAGUCCAGGUCACAUGGCUGUGUCAGAAGGUCGAGGACCAGAACCCCCCCCCCUCGUCGAGGUAGACGUCCGUGGUCCCGCUCGCCUGUGAGGCAGACUCGCCGUUCACGCUCCAGAUCUAGACGGCUCCAUCGCUCCCGGUCAUUGAGGAGAGGACGGCAUUCCCAGAGCAGCUCCCCGUCUCGCAGAAAGAGGUCCCCCCCAAGGACACGACGGUCCCGGUCUCCGGUCAGGAGAGGUAGGCGGACUCGUUCCCGCUCCGUCGUGAUCCUGAAGAGGAACAGGAAAGGUUCACGGUCCAAAUCCCCACGGGGCAAGGACAACAAGUCCCGCUCCCGGAGCCGCAGGAUAUCCAGGUCACCAGUUAAGAAAAUAUGUUCUAGAUCACCGAAGCGGAGCAGGACAAAGUCCAGAUCCCCAGGACGCAGUAAACCAUCAACAUCACGAUCACUAUCGCCGCGUAACCAGUCCAUGUCUCAUACUCCUAAAUCCAAAUCCCAGAAAAUAAACAAGCGUUCAAUGUCAAAAUCACCCACCAGCGACAAAUCCAAGUCUGUCUCAAGCGACAGGCAAUCUGAGAGCGUAUCCCCAGAACGCUCAAGAUCUAGGUCUACUGCCAAGGACCUAAAGUCUCCAAAAAUGGCUGACAAGCAUACUGCAGACACGACUGUGAAUAAUGAAGCGUCUACUAAGCCUGUUGGGGAAGCUGUAGCUGCAGCAGAGCCCUGGAAGCCCCUCGCUUUGGCUGCUGCCUCCAGAUCUACCACACAGGGCAAGCCAAUGGCUGGGCAUGCUGAAGAGAGCACCUCUGAGAUUCCAUCUGAAGACCAUGACUCUGCAGAAGAAGAGCCAAAGGUGGCAAGAAGCCCAACAAGCUCUUCUGAAGAAGAACCGGAUGAGCGUGCUACGUCCAGGUCUGUUUCACCAGAGACUGUUCCUGCUGAUCGCCGCUCCAGGUCCUCACCUUCUAAAUCUCCCAUUAAGAAAACAUUUUCAAAACAACGGCAGUCUUCAACUUCAGCGUCUCCUAGUAGGAAGUCCCGAUCACCUGCUGGUAGGAAGAUGUCCACCUCUCCCUCAUGGAGGUGCUCCCGGUCCAAGUCCAUCUCUCCCUCUCAGUCCAAGUCUGCCUCCAGAAGGAGACGAUCCAAGUCCCCAGCCAGGAAAAGGAAGUCUGUCUCCCCGCCUACCAGACGGAAGAAGAGGUCUAAGUCCAGAAGUCCGGCCCGGCGCAGGAGAUCACGGUCUAAGUCACCGGUACGGCGCAGGAAGUCACGUUCCAAGUCCAGAGUCAGGACCAAGCGCUCUAAGUCCCGCUCCCCAGCCAGAAGGAAGAGGUCCAAGUCUGCAGACAGGAGCAAACGCUCCAAGUCUCGUUCUCCAGGCCGGAGGAGAAGGUCCCGCUCCGGGUCGCGGCGGCGUCGGCCCGUCAUGCGGAAUCGCUCGUUUGACCGACGCGACCGAUGGAAACGGGAACCAAGCCACUCGCCAAUCCUCAUCCUCCGCAAGCGCCGUUCCACAUCUCGAGGCCGCCGCAGUGCCAGCAAGACCCCUCCUCGUCUCACUGAGCUGGACAAAGACCAGCUCCUGGAGAUAGCGAAGGCCAAUGCAGCAGCCAUGUGUGCUAAAGCAGGUGUGCCCAUCCCAGAGAGUCUGAGACCCAAGGCCAUCCUCCAGCUGCCCCUGCCCAACCCAGCCCCAACUCCCCUGAAUCUGCCUCUUCCCCUGCCGUUGCCUCUCAACAUGCCCGGCAUGGGUAUGUCCAAUAUGCCCAACAUGAACAUGCACAUGCCCAACAUGCACAUGCCCAACAUGCACAUGCCCAACAUGCACAUGCCCAACAUGCACAUGCCCAACAUGAACAUGCCCAACAUGAACAUGCCCAACAUGAACAUGCCCAACAUGAACAUGCCCAACAUGAACAUGCCCAACAUGAACAUGAGUAUGCCCAACAUGAAUAUGCCUAAUAUGGGCAAUAUGUCCAAUAUGGCCAUGAGUGCUGCCAUGGCCAGUAUGACAGCUGCCACCAUGACUGCAGCCCUCACCAACAUGGCCCAGAUGUCAAACAUGCCCCAGAUGGCCCCCCUCCCCACUAUCACCAACAAGCCCCAGAUGGCCCCCCUCCCCACCAUCACCAACAAGCCCCCUCCUAGCCAGGUUCCCCAAACAACCCUUCCCCCCCUUAACCUGGACCACAUAGAGGAGGUGAAGAGGAAGGUGACUCAGCAGGCCAACAUAUACAGCAUCAAGGAGCUCACUGAGAAAUGUAAGAUGAUAGCGGCGAGUAAAGAGGAGAUGGCCAUAGCGAAGCCACACGUGUCUGAUGACGAAGAUGAGGACAGGAAGCCACGCGGCAAGAGCUUCCUCAGUUAACUUUUAUUUGGGGCGGCUCACAUGAGGCGAAAGGCUCCCCAUGGAAACAUCACCAGGCGGACAGAAGUGCGGGUUGUUGUGGUUACAGAGAAGGAACAGUGUCAGAUACUGCCAGCCCCUUUUCCCUGGACAAUCAUUCCCUCCCCCAGCCCCUCCCAUCAUGCUCUAGUUGUCUGGGUUUCCACAUGCUUCCAAAGCCACGGUUGGAUUCCGAAGCUACAAAGUAAAAAUUGGCUACAAAAAAGAGCUUUUUGGUCUUCAUUUAGGAUUAGGCAUAAAGUUAGGAGUAUGUUUCAAAUCAAAUUUGAAGAAGAAAUUGUACAAAUGCGUGGGGUUUAGCCAUAAUUAUGACUUCGUGGCUAUGGAAGCUAGUGACGACCCAUUGGACAGAUUGGAGUGUACAGUGUGGUUACUCCAAGCUUCUACACAUUGGUCAGACAGCUGUCUGGACAAUGACUGGAGAUUAAUGAAAGAAGGAACACACUUUCAAAUUUUGUUGACUCUUUCUAAUGUUAAACUUUUUGUGUUUAGUUUUUGUGUUCAGUGAUUAAAUUACCAGCUCACGGUUCCUUUAGUGACAUUUUAACCUGUGAGUGAACUACUAGGACUGCCCUCGGUGCGCGCACCCUCAGAUGUCAGUAAUAUUGUGGUCAGCUGUUUUUGUAGUGAUGGGCAGACUGACCAGGUGUCUCCAUUGAGAAGACAAACUGAUCAGGGCUUUGGAGGAUCCACUCUUAAUGUUUUGUCACUUCUAGUAUUUCUCUAUGGUGUUUUUCUGUUAAAUACCUGAUGUAAUCUUUAGCUAUUUUAAUGACUUAAAAUACAUUUUAGGAUUUCCUUGGUCAGUAGGGUAUUAUUUGGCUGGCUUUGUACAUAAUGUAUUGAUGAUUAUUAAAGGAAACCAGAAAAUUA